UUAUCACCAUGGCCCUGGGAACCCUGAACUGCCGAGCAGCCAUGGUAGUGCAUGUUUCAUCAUCUGUAGAACGUUCUUCCGAAACACUUUUUAUUGUCCAACUUGCUUCUAGAUUACACCGUCUUAGGCGAAAAAAGUUGAAACAACUUUCUUAUCAAAGCUCUGGGAAAUUGGAGAGUAAAGACGUGUGUCAACCUUGCAUCAAAUCUGACGCAGUUAGUGAAGAUGAAACAGCUUCCAAAGUCAGUGACCCAGAUUAUACUUCAGGCAGUGAACAAUCUUGUAUAACAGCCAUCUUUGUGGGAAAUACGGACAUCUCAAAAAGGGAGAAAUGCUUACUAAGUAAAGAAAAGCCUCAGAGAGUCCAGAAAUAUUUUACUAAACCCUCAAAAUCCCAGACACCAACAAAAGAAGUAGACCCACAGCCUUUAACAUUUGAUAUUAAGGAAAUAGGGGUUUCAGGACGAAAAGGAUCUCUUUUCAAAUUACCCUCUUCUUCCUCUUCUGGUCUUAGAGUUCGAAAUCAAAAAAAGUGUCCGAAUAGUGCUAUUCUAAUUCCACAAGUACCGAACCAAAAUCAACUCAAAGAUUCUGUAGGUUCUUUGUCCCUUAGCCACUCAACAAAUACACAGUCUUUUGAAGUUAGCUGUAAUCAAAGUCCACACAAAGUUAGCAUCAAACAACAUCACGAGUUGAUCAAACAAAAUCAUCCUGGUCCUAGUUGCCCUUCAACUAUGACAAAAAUACCGAUUAGCAAAAGAGAGCAAAAUAUCCCAAGUGAUGAGUUAUGGAUUGAUGGACCUAGAUUCACAAAGCUAAAAUUUGAUUCCAAAACACUUCAACACCUUCAGCAAGAGCAGUGGGUUGAUGGGCCUGCAAUGUGUGAGCCAUGUGAUGAAAUCAAGAGGAGCAUGAUAAGACAUUGGGUUAGAGAACAUUCUUCUUCUCUACAACUUGAUCCAGGAGAGGAACAGUCAGAGGUAUGGAUUGACUUUCCUGAGACCAAUACUUCGGAGAACAAAGUUUUGCUUUAUUCACAGUUGUCUGGUGCAAAUAGCAAACGCUCACUUGCAACAAAUACAAAGAAGCAGUUUCACUCGAUAAAACCAACUAUAUCAAAAGAUCAAGCACAGUUAGACUGCAAAUCUAAUAAUGAAACAUACUUGAAAAGUGAAAAUUAUUCAAGAAAUGUACUUAUGGAUAAAGAAAACAGCGAUUUAUUUAUGAGAAGUGAAGCAAAAGAUGGUAUGGAUGGUCUUUAUAAUUUUCAAACUCAUCAAAACAAUAAUAUUUUCAAUAACCAAAUAAACUCCAAAGAUCUUACUAAUGCAUGUUUACAUAAGGAGAAGUGUAGUGUCACUGCCAUUACUGACAGUGAAGACAGAAUCAGUGAAUUUAAUAAAUCCGAACUCUCGGAUAUUAGUUUGAGUGACGAUGAAAAUGAUGAAAGUGCAGAAAGCAAUGAAUUGAUCAAAGCCCUUCAGUCUUUGCACUCAGUCUCGGGUGAUUAUUUUGAAACAACUAAUCCAAAUGACUUGGAAGAAGAAACAGAGAUGCAGGAUUCUUCUGUUCAGGUAUCAGAAGAAGAUAUAUUUGGUGCUUGCAAAGACACUAGUUCUUUAUUUUCUGAAAAUCCACUUCCUGAAGUUGACCAAUUACAGUUCAGUGGAAGGUUUCAUCCGUUGCGUGUUUACAGUGAGGAAAAUCUACGCUUUCAAAAUGAAGAGCAAGAAAUUAUAGAAAUUAGUGAAAAAUUAGAAAGCCUAAGCCUUCCAGAUGAACAUAAAAGUGAUUAUGAUAAUUCACAUUUGCCCUUAUUUGAGCCAGGUUGUGGUCAAGCAUUUUACAGUGAUGGCCAUCGACAAAGGAAUAAAGGAGAAGGCUGUUUUUAUGUUCGUAGUAAUGCCCUAGCUUUUAAAUUAAAACGACUAACUGAGUUACGAGAGCAAUCACAGCAAAUAAGAAAGAAAAUUACUGGUCUAGAUUCAGAACCUUUAAAAAGCACAAAAGAAAAAUGGUCCACAAUGUCUAGUUGGUUGUCUCGACCAUUAACAUCACAUACUUUUAACCAGAACCGCACCCCUAGCGAUGAAGAUCUAAUCAGUGAAGAUGCAUUAAGUGUAAAAAGUGAACCAGUGGAAGUCACGACGUCUGCUAAUCCAAUGAAUCAAUUACAGCUAGAAACAUUCUACGAAGAGCUUCAUCGCAUGUAUCCAUUUCCACGUUUUAUCUCUUCCCUUGUAAGUUCACCAAGGAUUACAAAAAACAAUGAAGAGCUAAAGGAAGUGACUUUAACAAGUACUCAUGAACAAAUGGAUGAAACAAGACAUAACAAUCGGUUUUUCAACUUAAACAGUGAACAGGGUGUGGAGAAAUUGGAUAGCUUUGAUAAACACCAACUACUUGAAACAUUGAGUUAUCCAGAUGAAAAUACCAUGACACGUCUCAAUUCGAUUGAUAAAGACAGAAGCCAUCGUCAAGAUUUAUUGGCUAAUUUUCCCAGAAGAAGUGAAAGUUUAGAUACGGGACUAAGUGAUUGUCAUUAUAGGAAUAAGAUUUAUUCUUCACAAGAGCAUAAGUUUGGUGAAGAUUUGUCCAGCCUUGGUAUGUUUAGUAGCUCUUAUUGUAUUCAACAACCUUUUCUUACAAAACCUUCCCCCCUGCUCACUAAAGAUAUAUCUAUUUCUGGUGACUUGUCACUAAAUAAUUCUAGGUCACUCGUUGGUCAAGAGCAUCACAUUAAUUUUGAUAGAGAUUCGGUGAAAAACCGAGUACAUAAAAUCAGAGCCUUCCACUUGAACAACGAGAGUGUGGAAGAUCUUAAUAGUUCUUCGUCACAUAAACCUUCCCAAAAAUUGCACCAGGAGUUUGUCAAAGAGCUUUCAGAGGACAAAAAAAUACCUGGAAAGAAAGAGAUCCACUGUAAUUUAUCAGCCUAUACUUGUGGUUUAUUACAUGAGAGUCGUAUUCGACGCAGCAUCUCCUCGACAAACUGUGAUAUUUCCAAGAUUUUUACAAGCCAAAGAAAUUUAAGACUGCAGAGCUCAGACCAAUCCACGAUGUUGUGGAAUUCGUCAUUUCCUUCCCCAUAUUAUAAAAUUACCAAAGCUAGAGAAGCUCGUUGUUUAAGUGAUUAUAGUGGUCGUAGUGAUAUUUCUUGUCAAGUCAGUGAAAACACAGAAACAAAUCUCAUCAGUAAAGAGCAUCACUAUUCAGGAACAAGCAGUGGUUACGAGAGUAUGGUUCGUGAAAGCGAAGGUACAUCUUGUAGUCCAGAAUUUGAGAGUGAAGAGCCAGGAGUUCAUCAUGGCAGUAUAAAAGUAAAUCAUAUGAAGAAUAUUUUUGGGUCAUAUCACAGAAGUCGUUCUGCACCAGCACGUGCCGCAGCGGUUAAUGAUAGUGAACGGUCACAAAGUCCCUCACCAGUAAGUUGUCAGCCCCAUCCAAUCAGGGAACGGUCUGCUCAACAGAGCCAAAAUAGUAGAACUGGUGAUGAAGAUAUAUCUUGUACUGGCCUAUUUUGCUGUAGAAUGAUGGAUCUUUACUGAACUGUAGUCUACAAAUCAAAUGUAUUGUCAUAUAUUUGUUUGUUCUUUAAAAACGAACUAAAACUACAAUUCGUGAAUAAAUUGUUUGAAUACAUACAAACAAUAUCAUUAUAGGUGCUCAACUAUCUACUCCAAAACUUCAUUCCGUCAAAAUGAAUACAAACUUUCUACAGAUAUAUAUUCUAUCAUAAGCAUAAAAAAUGGAAGAUCUUUAACGGACAACUAGACCAACUAGCUAUGAUUUAUAUAUUUAUAUAAAGUCUCCGAUAGAAUGUAAUCUCACCAAAUA